GAACGCUUUUCGCCAGCCAGACGCACUGUUGUACCGUAGCUUGGUUUAUAUUAUAAAAGCGCCCUCCCUCUUAUCGCUUUCUUUCUAUCUAUCUAUUUAAAUCCCCAUCUAUCGAUCAAUCUAUUCAUCUACCACACUCUUACUUUCUCCCUUCUAUCUCAAUUCAAACUCAUUCACACACAAGACUCGAUUCAUUACUGUUGUCGUUGUCAAGAAAAGCGCAGGCCCGGAUUUAACAACUAAACUAAGACUCGACUUGCUCACUGACAAAAACUCCCCAGACACCAAGGGAGAAAGACACAUACUCGGUACAAGAGAGAAUACACUCCACCUACUUCUCACCUCUUUCUUCUUUUUCUCGUUAAACCAAGCUAUCUUUAGUCAGUGCUAGUCCGUCACUCAGGCAGUCAGUCAGACAAAACAAGACGAUUUUUACUGAUCGAAGGCAAACUUUUUUUUAUAUACAUAUUUUUCAACUGCAGUUUAUAAACUAACUGGACUUGCUGCGACCACCCUAUAAGGACCUUCUCAUAUUAUACAUAUUAUAUAUGUAUAUAAUAUAUAAUAUGUACCGUUCUUCAUCGCUUUUGUGUUUGUUACAAUAACUCUCCCAGUGAUAUUUGGGAAAAAUCGAAAAGAAAGAAGAGAGAAAGAGGGAAAAAAUUAUACAGCAGACGAACAAUUACUGUGUUGUUUAAAAACCAAAAAUAAUUCUUUAUAUUUUCUUUCCGGAUUCAAUUUUGGUUUUGCCAUUUCAAGACAAUCACCUGGAAAUAAUAAUGAACCGCUCAGCCAGUAGGAAGCAAUAACUCGACCAAUAAUUGUAUACACAUGUGAGUGUGUGUGCGUGCGUGCUAACGUUUGAAUGCUGAAUACGAGGGUGAAUAUUAUUUGAAAUAAUUUACGGUUUUCCACUUUGAUGUUAAUUUAAUCUGUGAUUCUUUGCAUUCAUAUAUAUAUAUAUAUAAAUAUAUGUUUAUAUAUUAACUGUACCUUAAUGCCAACGAAGAAAUGACGCACCAACAAAAAACGAAAGUACAAAGUUAAAUAAUACGUCUAUUGGACUCUAAAGAUGGAUCUUACCAAAGUGAAGAAAAUUUCACCGAACUGGAUUCUUUAAAAUUUUAAAUCUAAAAAAAAAAAGAAAAGCAAACAAAAAACGUCAGUUUUCCUUUCAAGUGGAUCACUGAGAUUCGAACUACCGACCUUUUCUUUUACCUGUCUUCCGACGGCGUAUGACUCUAAGCACGCAAGUAAGAAAUUGCUUAAUUUCAAACGGUUAUUUUACACCUGAUGUCUUUUGAGUCAAGGAUAUAUAAGUUUACAUAUAUAUAUAUAUUAACGGAGGUAAUUGUGAAUUUUUAAGCAGUUUAACUUUAUUGUAAACAACCAUCAAACAGGCUACACGAAAAAAAUUAUAAAACAAAGAAAUAUAUUUGCUUACUUUCCAUUCAUUGGUGACAGCAAAUACUAUAUAUAUAUGUAUAUGUAUAUAUAUAUAGAUAUUGGCUUCUCAAUCAAAGCACACAGUUAUAGUAAAUAUAUACAUUUCAUUAUUUAGACCAUACCUUUAUACACUCUCAAAAAUAGUGUUGGAUAAACAGACAUAUAUUUAUAUAUAGCAACUUAAACUUUCUACAAUAAAACAUCGAGCCUGAAUACAAACAAAGCUAUAAAAAGACCUUAGGUCCCCGGUAAAAAAAAAAAUAUAUAUAUAUAUAUAUAUAUAUAUAUAUAUAUAUAUAUUGAUAAAUUCGUAUAUAUAUAAUAUAUAAAUAAUAUAUAUUACCAAGAGGAUAAAUCGAAAGCCACGCACUAGUUGUUGCUAUCAAUUACGGAUAACCCCUAUGUUUUCUAUAUAAUGAUAUAGUUAUAAUAAUAAGAAUUACUCAGCACCUAGUCACAUAGCUGCUGCUAUUGCUGCUGCUACUUCUUCAUUCAGUCCACUCCUCCUGAAUAUUUUCUUUCUUUCUUUCUAUAGUUUUUCCUUCAAAAUAUAUUUCAGUGUCCGUGUGUUUCUUUGUGAGAACACACGCCGCCUUUACAUAUAUAUUUAUACAUACACACGUACAUACACAUCGUGAUUAUAAAUACCAAGAGGGUUGUAUCUGCCCAUUGCUUUUGAGCAUAUACAUAUAGAUAUAACAAUCACGCCGCUUUGGUAUGUAUAGUGAUUUUUGACUCAUUGAUUAGCCUAUCUAUUUCUAUCCCUUUCUGUCUGUCACUUUCUUGUCUUUCUCUUUCUCUCUCAGUUUUACUGAGUGAGAUUUUGAUUGCGUGACUUUCUAAUUAUAAUUUAAAUAUUUAUUUAUUUAAUCCAUUUCCUUGUGAGAGCGUCUACCCCCAAACUUUCACCGUGGCUAACUUACGACACGAUCCGCACUACCUGGAGGUAGAAAGGUUGACUUCUCCAGAUUUACAUCAUUCGACCAUCACCACGGAGCUGUCAACGCCCGACCAUUUCAACAUGUCUAAGCCGCAGGCUGAACAUGUUAAGCGGCCCAUGAAUGCCUUCAUGGUUUGGUCCAGGGGCCAGCGUCGAAAAAUGGCUCAAGAAAAUCCGAAAAUGCAUAAUUCCGAAAUUAGCAAAAGACUCGGUGCUGAAUGGAAGUUACUAUCCGAAGAAGAGAAACGCCCUUUUAUCGACGAAGCAAAACGCUUAAGGGCCUUACAUAUGAAGGAACAUCCAGAUUAUAAAUACCGACCACGUAGGAAACCUAAAUCUUUACUUAAAAAAGAUAACAAAUAUGCUUUCCCAAUUCCUGUCUUGCCAGGAAUGAAUACAUUUGGGGCAAUGCCGUCGUUUUCACCUGGUUCACAGACUGACUCGUUAAUUGCAUCGAAUUUCGGCGAAAAGGCGCGCGCUUUCCUACCACCCACGUCCACGACACAUGCACUUUAUUCCCAUCUGGCAGAAAAUGCAAAAAUGGACAGCCCUUUGAACAUUAGACCUCACGAACUCAAUGGAGCAAGUGGUCUCUAUUCCCCUUACAUGACAUCACAUUCCUCCCUCGGUAGUCUUCCCCCGGCUGCACAUACGCAUUCUGGUCUCACCGGACAAUAUUUGUUACCAUGCUGCCCACCACCUUACAUGCCAUCUCAGGACUUACAUAGACCAGUGGCGUAUGUAUUGGUCAAGCCGGAAGACCACUAUCGCCACACAGUAAUAUAGAAAUAUUUUAAUGGAUGGAUUAUUAUUAUUAUUAUUAUUAUAAAGUAAUUUCUCUAUAUAUAAAAAGAAAAAAAAUCUA